CUCGUUCCUGAUUGUCCUUGUAUCGUUUAUUCCAUUGGCGAACGCUGGAGUUAUUGGUGAUGCAUGUUUAUCCGACAUAGAAUGCAGUGGGACGGUCGCUCACUCCUACUGCAACCAGGCUUUUAAGACAUGUGCUUGCUGCGCGGGUUAUAUCGAUGAUGGUUCUGGCUCGGCGACAGCAUGUGGAAUAACGUACGUUUGUAAACGAGCUGGGUCUGGUUGUGACGUGACUGGGGGAACGUGUGACAUCACUUCCGGUACAUGUACAUGUAACCAAGGCUACGAGGGUUUUAACUGUGCUGUUCAGACAGUGUCAAAAGCAGUGGCGUUAACUGAUUGUACACCGACGUGUGAUAGCAAGGGUACUCUGGCGUGCGCAAACGAUGGGUCCGGCAACAAGUGUUACUGUGACUACGGUUACUAUGACGACGAUUGUUCACAAGCAAGAGUUGAAGCAAAAUGUGAAGCUACCACUAUGCAGAUUAUGGUCAAUCCUUAUACCCCCUCCGGCGUCUUGGGUGAUUUCAAAGGAGAUAUCUACAUCAAUGGAUUCAAUACACCUGCGUGCGCAUUCGACAUUGCGAACACCCCUGUUGGUAAAGAGGGAAAGGCGACGUUACCAUUAACGCUAGGAGAUGCUAAUUGUUUCAACCCAGCGUGGACUCUAGCUAACACACCCAGUGCCGGGGACACCACGUACGAAGCCGAUGUUCACAUCCAAUAUAAUCCCCUGUAUCAGACACAGUUUGAUGAGACCUACCAGGUGCAAUGUGUUUACAAGCAAGAUGGCUCCGUUCUAUCUAGCAUUGACGUCAACUUUAACCCAGUGAGCAAUCUUCCGAGUGGAGGAGGUUUCCAGCAGUGGUUCAACCCAAUUACAUUCAACCUGUUGAAUGCCUCUGAUGUGAUACUUGACGAACCCCAAGCGGUUGGAGCUGUAGUAAAACUGAAGUUCAGCAUGACUGCUAAUACAAAAUAUCUUGACUUUCGAGUUGAUGACUGCACGCUCCAGAAUCAGCCAUUUGCAGAAACUUACUCGACCACGCCCCUCUCUAAGAAAUUAAUUACAUCAGGAUGUGCCGAUUCAGAUGCAGGAGACGUGAUUGUCCCCGAUCCUUUUGAUAAAACAGGAAACGACAUCACGUUCGCAUUUAAGGUGUUCCAGUUCAAUGACGUGUCGGAUCUGUUUAUACAAUGCAGUCUUACACUGUGCGAAACGACAGCUGCUUGUACAUCGUCAUCUUGCAAUAAGUUCUAUGGGACCGCUAGUGGCGGAAGUGGGGCAGUGACUGCCCCUGGGUACGGGAGGAAACGUCGCCAGACAACCAGUACACAAAAGGAAACAACCAUGACACAGCGAAUCAGGAUCACCCCAAAAAUUUCGGGAGAAAACUCUGUUCUCAAUUCACUGAAUGGUCCAACAACAGUCAAUAAACAGGAGACACCGAAAAUGGUAUCUUGCAUGGAAUCCCUCACAUUUGCUUCGGUUGUUGGUAUACUCUCUUUGUUGUUGUUAGUAGCCAUAGGAACAGUCAUAUUUACUUGCUACAAGAGCCGGGAGAUGGCAGCUCAGAAAGAAAAGAUAGUUGCCAUGCACAGCAAACGACAAGACACAAAUAAAGCUUAUUAUUGACUUACUUCCAAAAAUUUAGAUUAACAAUACAAUCAUAAAUUAUAUUAUGCAUUUCUUCUCUUCUGAGUUGUAAUAGCGAUUUAUGUAUUUUUGUUUUCAUUAUGCAUUAGCACAUUUACUUUAAAAUAGUAAUAAUGUAUAGUGAAAACAGAUAUAUUGACAGCACAACAUACAUCCACUUUGACGACAACAAACAAAUAAAGCUUACUUUUGACUUGUUCUGCAAAAAUUCAAUUGAACAAUCAAUUAUACUUCUUCUCUUUCUGGCUUGUUUGAAUCAGCAUGUUUAUUAUUGUGACAUGUAAAGGUGAUAAUGCACACUUAAAUGCACGUAUUGCUGUUAAAAUGUUUUUGGUGAGGACAAGGCAUUGAUUUAAUUGGACAAAAUAGAUUCAUAUAACAAAUAAAUUCGUAUAUGCUAUUUUAGUAGAUGCGAUGCUAGGUUGUUAAAACUAGCAUUCAAGAAACGUGUGCUUUAAGAAAAUAGCAGGGGAAUGCACAGAAUGGCCCAUCGAGUCCUUAAAAAUGAUAAGGUAUUCAAUUUAAUGAAUCUAGGUCGAGGUCAUAAUAUUCAUACUCUGUUAUAGAAUAUAGCAUGGUUAUACACUGUUUUGGUUGACCAAGAAAAAAAUCAAAAUGCUUUGCUACGCUGUAUGUUUUAUAUUUUACAUUAAUAUUAUUGUUUUGGUCUAUUGGUCCUUAUAACGUCCAAGAAUCGCCAAUAAUUUCCGC